AUGGAAGAACAACUAUUGCAAUCUAUUUUGGCGCAACAAGCCAGGUUGUUGGAGCAGUUGGUGGCAAUCGCAAAGCCAUCCGGAGGGGCAAGUACAAGCAGUGAUGGUGUUAUGGAUAUGCUGUCCAAGUGCAUAAAAGAGUUUGUAUAUAAUCCGGAGGCAAACCAAACGUUCGAGAAUUGGUACGCACGCUAUGAUCAUCUUUUCGGCGAAGAUGCAAAUAAACUCGCUGACGCCGAAAAAGUGAAAUUGGUGUUGCGGAAGCUGGAACCGGAGGUUUUUGACAAAUAUGCCGACUAUUUGCUACCAAAAGUGCCUCGAGACUUGAACUUUGAGACAACAGUGUCCACUCUCAAAACACUGUUUGGAAGAAGAGAGUCACUUUUCAGUUCACGGGUCGCAUGUAUGCAGUUUACAAAGACAACACAAAUGGACUUCUUCACAUAUGGUGCCAUGGUAAACCGAAAUUGUGACAAUUUCGAAUUUGGCAAACUGACGGAGAAUCAAUUUAAGUGCUUGAUGUUUCUGCGAGGACUUCAAGCACCAGAAGAUGCUGAUGUUAGAGCCCGCCUAUUGCACUUUCUAGAAGGAAACACUGAAGACACGGUUACCAUUGACAAAAUGGUGUCAGAGGGAAAUCGUAUGCUCAGCUUGAGGAAAGAUGCCGCCGUGGUAGAACAAAAUGUCGUCCAUGCAGUCAAACGCAAUCACAAACAGCACAAAGUUAAGCAGCAGAGCAGCGCAGCACCCAGUGAAAAACCGCGACGUCCAUGUUGGCAGUGUGGCGAAAUGCACUUCGCUAAAAACUGCAGCUACAGCAAACACUUGUGUGAGCAGUGUGGCAUCGUAGGUCACAAAGAAGGCUACUGUUCUUGUUUCGCUGCAACAUCAAAACAGCGCAGCGAGAAGAAAAGCAAAAAGAAGCAGUAUAGCAAAGCGCAAGUAAGUGUUACUGCAGUUAGAAAUGUUGCUGCAAAUAGAAAGCACGUCAGCGUCAAAAUUAAUGGCGUCAAGCAGCGCUUGCAGUUCGACACUGGUGCAGACAUAACAAUAAUUUCGCGCCGAAUGUGGAUGCAAAUAAACAAGCCAACGCUACUGAAACCAGCUCAUAUUGCCAGAGACGCAUCAGACCAUGUACUGAACCUUUUGGGCCAGUGUGAAGUGGAGUUUGAAUUUAAAGGCAAGUCAAUUAAAGCAACAAUUUUUGUGACCCCAAACAACAAGUUGAACGUUAUGGGUACUGACCUAAUGGACAAACUUGGUAUCUGGAGCUUGCCUAUCGACACAAUUUGCAACACAAUUUCAACGUCGGAAAUCGAAAAUAUCAAAAGCAAAUAUCCAUCGAUAUUUUCCACACAACCUGGACACUGCUCAACUUUCAAGGUCAAUUUGAAAAUCAAACAAGACUCACAACCCGUCUUCAAACCAAAACGACCCGUCGCUUAUGCCGCUUUACAACAAGUAGAUGAGGAACUCCAACGCCUGGAGCAGGCAAAUAUCAUCACACCUGUAAGUUACUCCAGAUGGGCAGCACCUAUUGUUGUUGUAAAGAGGUCAAACGGUAAAGUUCGCAUAUGUGGUGAUUAUUCCACUGGAUUGAAUGAGUGUAUGGAACCUCACACCUACCCAUUGCCGUUACCUGAUGACAUUUUUAUCAACUUCAACAAUUGCCAAUUUUUCACACAAAUUGAUUUGACGGAUGCUUACAUGCAACUGGAAGUCGAUGAUGCCACCAAAGAGAUUCUCACCAUCAACACGCACCGAGGUCUCUACACAUUCAACCGACUUGCACCAGGGAUCAAAUCCGCACCAGGGGCAUUCCAACAGGCAAUUGACACAAUUUUAUCUGGAGUUAAGUUUGCACAUCCCUAUCUUGAUGACGUCAUCAUUGCAACGCCAUCAAAAGAGGAAAAUCAACACGCAGUCGAUGAAGUUUUCCAGCGGUUCCAAAGUUGCACCUAUCUUGGAUAUAAGGUCGAUGGCACUGGAAUUCGUCCUGACCCUUUGAAGAUUUCCGCCAUUUUGAAAAUGCCAGCCCCAACAAAUGUUUCAGAGCUUCGAUCUUUCCUGGGUGCAGUAAACUACUACGGGAAAUUCAUACGGAAAAUGCGCAACUUAAGAGCACCAAUGGACGACUUGCUAAAAGUGGACCGUGAAUGGAAGUGGAGUAAGGCCUGUGAAGACUCCUUCCAGGAAUUCAAAAACAUCCUGGGUUCCCAACUGAUGCUGACUCAUUAUGACCCAAGACUCCCAAUCAAAGUUGCAGCAGAUGCAUCGAAUGUAGGCAUUGGCGCCUAUAUUUGCCACGUUUUCCCCGAUGGUGGCGAGAAGGCCGUGUAUCAUGUGUCACGUUCUUUGACACCAGCAGAGCGGAAUUAUUCGCAAAUCGAGAAGGAGGGUUUAGCCUUGGUUUUUGCCGUAAGCAAAUUUCACAAAAUGCUGUAUGGUCGUCGUUUCAAGCUUGGAACCGAUCAUAAACCGUUAUUAGCGAUUUUUGGAAGCAAAAAGGGUAUAGCAACGCACACAGCCAGUCGACUACAACGUUGGGCUUUAACUUUAAUGUCCUACGACUUUGAGUUGAGCUAUACCCCAACACAGAAAUUUGGUUGCGCAGAUAUUUUAUCCAGGCUAAUCAACAAAAACGAAAAACCCGAAGAAGACGUCGUGAUUGCAUGUGCUCAAAUGGAAGCUGAGAUCAAAUAUAUUGUUCAGGACAAUAUCACAGCAUUGCCCAUCACACACAAUAUGAUCCGCUCAGCUACAUCAAAUGAUAAUACGCUUCAAAACAUCGUCAAGUAUCUACAAAAUUCCUGGCCAGACACGAAGACCCCCGAAGAGCUUGUUUUUUUCCAACGCCGUGAAGGUUUGUCAGCAUGUGAUGGUUGUGUUCUAUACCAAGAUAGAAUGGUCAUCCCCAAGACUCUGCGGCAGCGUAUACUAAAACAACUACACAAAGGACACCAAGGUAUUGUUCGCACGAAAUCAUUGGCACGAAGCUACGUGUACUGGCCGAAUAUUGACAAGGAUAUAGAAGACAUAAUCAAAAGAUGCGAUGUAUGUGCCUCAACAGCUAAAUCACCACCACGAACAACACUGCAUUCGUGGCCCAUUGCUACAAGACCCAUGCAACGCAUUCAUAUUGAUUUCGCUGGUCCAGUGAAUCAGUCAACAUAUCUUUUGAUCAUUGAUGCCUUCUCCAAGUACCCUGAAGUCUACCCAAUGAAGUCGAUGACGUCGUCAUCAACAAUAGAGUGUCUCAGGGACUAUUGUUCCAAAUUUGGGUUCCCAGAAUCAUUGGUGAGUGAUAAUGGUACUCAAUUUACUUCACAAGAGUUUGUUUUGUUUUGUAGUGAAAACGGCAUUGAGCAUAUUCGCACCGCCCCAUUCCACCCGCAAUCAAAUGGUCAAGUUGAGCGUUUUGUUGACACUUUUAAACGUGCUUUAAAGAAACACCAAAACAGUCUCAAAGGCAUACGAGAAUUUCUCCUCUACUACAGAGCAACCGACAACAAUAACACACCUGGAGGUAAAUCUCCUUCAGAACUUUUCCUGGGGAGGAAAGUGAGAAUAAAUUUAGAUUUGCUGUUUAAGCCCAAAGAAGACGUACUCCUGCGCAAUGAUAAGAUGGAAGCGCAAUACAAUCGGAAGUUCAAUACAAAAUCCAGACACUUUGCAAUUGGUGCUGAAGUCUAUGCAAAGGUGUACAAACACAACAAAUUCUUCUGGGCACCUGCAAUAGUCAAGAAGCAAAUUGGUAAAGUGAACUAUGAAGUGGAAAUAAAGGUGUUCCCUUAUUUCAAGAUGAUGAAAUCGCAUGCAAAUCAGCUUCGUACGCGACACAACGACACAUCAACAAGCAAUACCCCUUGGUUUGACAUGUUUGAGAUAUGUCCACCGCCUCGCAAUACACGUCCAUCAUCUGAAAUAGCAUCAACAUCUACAUCUACUCUUGACCCACCGGCAUCAACUUUGCAACGGCCAAGUGAAUCUUCCAGUGACCCUUCAACACCUACACAACCUUCACCUACACACCCUUCAACAUCAGUCCGUCGUUCCAGCCGUGUCAGACGUGCACCUCAACGUUUCAGGGACUACACAUCCUAA